AUGCAAAGAAUCUUUUGGCAAAGAGCCAAAACACUUCGUGAACUUUACCAGAAAAUCGACGCUACCGAGCACAACGACGAGGUCAACGACUUCCUUGCAGACCGGCGUGUCCAAUGGCUUUUCAUUCCAGCUCACUCACCUCAUCACGGUGGGUUGUGGGAAGCUGGCAUCAAAGUAGCAAAGACGUUUCUUUCAAAAAUUGGAAAUAACUAUAACUACACGUUUGAGGAACUAAGCACUCUACUUGCACAAAUCGCUACGUAUAUGAACUCGCGUCCGAUUUCUCCGAUUUCAGACGACCCUAGUGAUCCACAACCGCUAACUCCUGCUCAUUUCUUGAUCGGGCGUGCAUUGGACGCUUUACCGGAGAUUAACCGCCUAGAGCAGCAAAUCGGUUCAUUAUCCAGGUGGAACUACAUCCAACGUGUUUCUCAGGAUUUCGGAUAUCGGUGGCAAACCGAGUACUUGAUAUCUCUUCAACGAUUGACCAAAUGGCGCGAUGUCUCGUCAAACAUAGCAGAAGGUAAUUUUGUGUUACUUGUUAACGACAACGAAAAGCCACAGCAGUGGCCUCUGGGGCGCGUACUGGAGAUCUUCCCCGGGACUGAUGGACUUGUCAGAGUGGCUUCGGUGAAAACAUCUAAAGGAGUAUUCCGUCGAGACGUUAGGAAACUACGUCGAUUCCCUUUGGAUAAUGAUGAGUCCUUGCGGAAAGAACAUUCGGAUCAAUGA